AUGAGAGAAACAAACUCGAACAAGGCGAAACAAGAGCACGAAUACCAGGUGGAUCGGAGAGGCGCCGACGGCUCCGAAGGCGAAACGAGCGUGAAAAAGAGACAGGAGAGAAAGGGCGCAAUACUCUUCACCAUGACAAUUAGACCCAAGCAAGCCAAGCCCAAGCCCAAGGCCCCUGAAAUGAAUCGUGUUGGCAAAGAAUUCCCAACUUACUGUUGA